GCACUUCCGAUAUAAAUUUUGCUCAACCUCCUCAGUCAGUGGAACAAUAUGAAUAGACCUGACCUUCGACAACGCCGUCCAAUUUACAAGGGAGAUAAGCCUUAUCAGGACACAGAUUCCAAAUCAAGAGCACAUUCUGCAACCAAAUGGAAAUCGGCAGCCUGUGUAGCGUUACUUCUGGCUUUUAUUCUGACGCCUGUCGUUAUUCUUCUGACCCCGCCACCAAUAAACCCUGUCUACUUUAAGCUGCCAGAACCACCAGCUUUUGAAGGCGUUCUAGAACCCAACAACCUCUUGCAGAAAUCAGAUCGAAUUUUUGAAAAUGAGUUAUCAGGACCAGAGUCAAUUGUUGUUGAUGGAGAUCAUACUUAUACAGGAACAGCUGAUGGUAAAAUUUUACAUAUCUACAAAGGGGAGAUAAGCGUUCUGACCAAGCUAGGAAAGGAGCCAUGCGGUGGAUUUGACAACGAGCCCACCUGUGGAAGACCGCUGGGGAUGAGAAUGAACAAGGAAGGUUACCUGGUAGUUCUGGAUACUUACCUGGGACUCUUCAAAGUCAAUGUCGCUACAGGAGAGCAUUUCCAGCUAUACUCCUCGGAGACUCCGGUAAACGGCAAAAAGCUCAAGUUUCUGAAUGACUUGACAAUCGCUGAGGAUGGUACAAUUUACAUGACGGAUUCCUCGGUGAAGUGGGACCGUCGACACAACAGACAUCAAAUCAUGGAGGGAGAAGUGACGGGACGAGUGGUUAUUUAUAACCCUAAAACCCAGGAGAUGAAAGAACUGAUUAACAGCAUGUCGUUUGCCAACGGAAUUCAACUGACAAGAAAUGAAGAGGCUUUACUGAUCUGUGAGACGAGCCGUGCCCGACUUCUCAAGUAUCAUUUAAAAGGACCAAAAAGAGGCUCCCUAGAAGUGAUAAACAACAACCUGCCAGGAAUUCCGGAUAAUAUCCGACGCAGCAGUUCUGGCGGAUAUUGGAUUGGAAUGGCAAUGAUUCGCAAAAAAGACAAGUUCAGUUUCAUUGAUUACUGCUCUGACAAACCCUGGUUAAGGAGCCUCAUUAUGAAGGUUGUGUCCAUGGACCUAGUGUUGCAGUAUUUACCGAAAUAUGGCCUUGUUGUUGAAGUGGACGAAGAGGGCCAGGUUCUUCAGAGUUUACAUGAUCCCACAGGUCAGGUCAUCCCCGCGGUCAGUGAGGUUGAGGACAGGGACGGUGUGCUGUAUUUCGGGUCGUAUAAUCUUCCUUUUAUGGGUCGACUGCAUCUCCAGCGGUACAGAAAACAGAGAACAUCAUGAGGUUUGACAAAUGGGGGAAGGUCUCAAUGAUGUACAUCUUUGAGAGGACUUCUAAAUAGAUAACAGCAUUUUUAGCUCGAGUUUUUCUAGUUAUAGAAAAGGUUUUCAAAAGGUGAGUUUAAGUUGAAGGUCAUAAGGUUGUCAAACAUAACACUAUUAGUAAAACCUCAUCAUCAAAAUUUCACCCAAUAAAUAUCAAAGUAUUGCCUCUUGUACUUAAAAAAGUACUACCUAUGUAUAAGGAUGUUUUCUUUGUUUUAUACCUCCUCAAGUCUUUUGCAACUGUACAAACUCAUAUCGAGUUAUAAAUAGAAAAGAGAUGAAAUUUGGAGACAUGAAAUCUGUAUACAGCACGGAUAUCAAUAUAUUCAUUCCAAUAUACAACAUAGUUGUCAAGGAGAUAGGUUUGUGAAACGUGAAUGCUCCCACAAAAUAUUAGAAUAGUAUAGAUGUAAUAAUAUAAUACUGUAGAUUCCUAAAUAUACGCGAGGAAUUUAUAAUCGUGUAAUUUCGCGAGAAGCAUCACUCGCGAAUAAAAUUAUUCGCUUUUAAUUUUCUGUUGUUAAUAUACAUACAUGUAAGAACUCUUGAUUAACAGACCACACUCAAAUUCAUGUUCCGUGAUUUGAUGUAUACGAGUGGUUUCGCGAUAUUAAUGACUCUCAUAAAAUUAGGAAUCUACAGCAAUCAAUGCUGUUCUGUAACUAUUGAAUGUAGGAGAAAUUACUUUAGAUAUCAGGUGCAACCUUAAUAUGUGACCUGUCCUUUUGAACAGUGCAUGUAAUAGAAAUUUGCAACCAUUGUAUAUAUAGCCUUAUUUUUGUUUCAGUUUCAUUUUUGCUUUUUUUACCUGUAUGAUAAAACCAUGAAUUUGAAUCAUUUAUAUAGAUGAACAUAUAAAUGAAUUCACAAAACUUGUUGCUGUAUGAAAAUUUAGACAAGGUGCCAUGAAAAUAACAGUGAAUUUGAAGUUGUAGUAGACAUGUGAAGAAAGAUCUUGUAUUGGUUGUUUUAAGCGGUUGUCCAUGUUAUGCCGAUAGGAAAAAAUUACAAUCGUUAAAUACAUAUACAGAGGUAAAUAUAGGGAUGAUGCAACCACAGAAAUUGAUAAUGAAGAAUAUGAUUUACUACCUUAUAAGGAAUUUCAGAUUGCAGAAAAUGCCUGUUAUAUGGUAUUUUUGAUCAUGAUGAAGCUUUCCAAAAUUAAAUGGUUACAAUUCUUACAAGACAUGCUAACUCAAACUUAAAUAAAUUGUGACAUUGACUGUAUAUGAUGCCUGUUCCAAUUUUAGCCAGAUUGUAAUCUUCAGAACUAUUUGUAAUCUUCACUUCUUACAUAUUUUCAUUUUCAAUGUUAAUGCUGUUGCUCUAGACAGCAAUCUGGAGCUGAAUAAUUUGCUGGCUAAUAAGCAACAAUGAGUUUGAGUAAAAACUACUAGCUAGCAACAUUGAGUUUGAAUGAGUAAAAACUACUAGCUAGCAAAAAUGAGUUUGAGUGAGUAAAUACUACUGGCUAGCAACAUUCGAGUUUGAAUGAGUAAAUAUUACUAGCUAGAAACAGCGAGUUUGAAUGAGUAAAAACUACUAGCUUAGCAACAUCUGAGUUUGUAUGAGUAAAUAUUACUGACUAGCAACAUUUAAGUUUGAAUGAGUAAAAACUAUUGGCUAGCAACAUUUGAGUUUGAAUGAGUAAAAACUACUAGCUAGCAAAAAUGAGUUUGAGUGAGUAAAUACUACUGGCUAGCAACAUUUGAGUUUAAAUGAGUAAAUAUUACUAGCUAGAAACAGCGAGUUUGAAUAAGUAAAAACUACUAGCUA